AGUUCGUAUUGGUCGAAUGUGAGAGAGAGACAUGUCGUUUGCUCACACUCAGAUUUAGGGGAAGAUUUUGUUGAAUUAGGGUUCCAAAAAUUCAGCAAUUCGAUACAUUUCCAAUAAAAGAUUUAAAUUGCAUACUGGGACUUUCUCAAUUUCUCAAUUCAAUCGUGCUCUCAUCUCACCUGAGGUGAAUAUUAUGAAUGUGCUGAUUGAGUGAGGUGGCUGGGUGGUUAUAAAUUUUAUGGCUGAACAAUGUUUAUCUUUAGUCGCACCAGAGACUUCACUUACUUUGGUAGACAAUAGUUUGGUUAUAGGUCGAGAAUUCCCGGAUGUUGAAACUUGUAGACGAACUCUGAAGGAUAUUGCUAUUGCUUUGCAUUUUGAUCUAAGGAUUGUAAAGUCGGAUCGUAGUCGCUUUAUUGCUAAAUGUUCUAAAGAAGGUUGUCCUUGGCGUGUCCAUGUGGCAAAGUGUCCGGGUGUUCCAACAUUUUCGAUUAGAACCCUUAUUGGUGAACAUACGUGUGAGGGAGUUCAAAAUCUUCACCACCAGCAGGCGUCUGUAGGUUGGGUUGCCAGGUCUGUGGAAGAGAGAAUUAGGAACAAUCCGCAGUAUAAACCAAAGGAGAUUCUUCAAGAUAUACAAGAUCAGCAUGGGGUUGCGGUGUCGUAUAUGCAAGCUUGGCGUGGAAAGGAGCGUAGCAUGGCUGCACUUCACGGGACGUUUGAAGAAGGGUAUGGACUUCUUGCUGGGUAUUGUGAACAGUUACGGAAGACAAAUCCUGGGAGCAUAGCUACAGUAUAUACCACCGGAGAUAAUUGCUUCCAGCGCCUUUUUAUUUCUUACCAAGCAUCAAUUUACGGGUUUUUAAAUGCUUGUAGACCACUUUUGGAAAUUGAUAGAGCACAUCUGAAAGGAAAGUAUCUGGGUGCGUUGCUCUGCGCUGCUGCUAUUGAUGCAGAUGAUGCACUAUUUCCCUUGGCAAUUGCUAUUGUGGAUGUUGAGAGUGAUGAGAAUUGGAUGUGGUUUAUGUCAGAACUGCGAAAGCUUCUUGUUGAAAACACAGAUAGCAUGCCUAGGUUGACCAUUUUAUCAGAAAGGCAAAGGGGGAUGGUGGAGGCAGUAGAGACUCAUUUUCCAAGUGCAUUUCAUGGGUUUUGUCUACGGUAUGUUAGUGAGAAUUUUCGUGAUACAUUUAAAAAUCCGAAGCUUGUGAAUAUAUUUUGGAAUGCAGUGUAUUCACUUACACCUAUAGAGUUCGAAAACAAGAUAAAUGAGAUGGUGGAUAUCUUGCAAGAUGUCAUACCAUGGUUUCGACAAUUUCCGCCACAAUUGUGGGCUGUAGCUUAUUUUGAAGGGGUGCGGUAUGGGCACUUUACUCUAGGGAUCACAGAGUUGUUAUAUAAUUGGGCUCUUGAAGGUCAUGAGCUUCCUAUUGUACAGAUGAUGGAGCACAUCCGCCAUCAGUUGACGUCAUGGUUCAGUGAGCGGCGUGCCAUGAGCAUGAGGUGGAAUUCCGUUCUUGUACCAUCUGCCGAGAAACGAAUUCAAGAGGCAAUCGCAGAUGCUCCUUGUUAUCAAGUACUUCGUGCAAAUGAAGUGGAGUUCGAGAUAGUAUCAACUGAGCGGACAAACAUAGUGGAUAUUCAAACGCGAGUCUGUUCGUGUCACCGCUGGCAAAUCUAUGGUCUUCCGUGUGCACAUGCCGCUGCCGCACUUAUUUCUUGUGGACAGAAUGCCCAACUAUUUGCUGAUCAUUGUUUUACAGUUCACAGUUACCGUGAAACUUACUCGCAAACAAUAUAUCCGAUUCCGGAUAAAUGUCAGUGGAAAGAACCUGGUGAUGGCACAGAAGGUGGCGGAGUCCCACUCGAUAAUGCGAUACGAGCUCCCAAAAUACGUAGACCUCCAGGAAGGCCAAAAAAGAAGGUUCUUCGUGUAGAGAGUUUAAAACGCCCAAAGAGGGUUGUUCAAUGCGGCCGAUGUCGAAUGUUAGGUCAUUCUCAAAAGAAAUGCACAAUGCCAGUCUGAUCUUUGGAUGGCGUUUUUUUUUUUUUUUGCUUUUCCUUUUUGUUGUUAUCUUGCAGUUGACAUACUAUUAUGUUCUUUUGUGCAAAGCUGAAGUUUUAACAUCCAAUAUACUAUUGAAAUAUCGUAGUAUCAA